ACCCACCCAAACCUGAAGACCGACCACCUCAGUUGCGGCAGCCGGCGAGAAUAUCAUCGAUUCGGCAGCGCCACCAUGCGAGAUCCAUUGGUUUGAAUUCGAAAUUGUGAUCGCAUGAGCCCGGCAUACAUUUUUAUGCGCCCAAUGAACGCGUGUUCGCCCCACGAUUGUGCAGCAUUCCGCGCGCGACCGUCCUGACGCCCUCUUUUCGCGCUCUCGCCGACCGCAUCCCCGAACCGCUCGCUUAUCCGUGGCUGGCGAUAUCGCGAGCUCCCACCAUGGUCGACAUCAACCCCGCCGCUUUGAGCAGCCGGCCAUCCAUCAGCCUGUCCACACCGGUGCUCUCGAAACAGUCCAUCAAUGUCUCGGUUCCUUCAAUACACAAAGCUCCCAAAACCAGCCAGCUUAUACCCGCCCGGAUCGACCUAGAGUCCAUCUAUACAGAGCUCAAAGCAAGCAUUGGCGCCGAGCAAUGGCCAAUAUACAAAGAGACCAUCACCAGCUUUCUAAUUGGCCGCCUCAACCAGGCCGAGUUCAGUGAGCGCAUCGACCCCAUACUCGCUUCACCCGAUGGCGCCAAAGAACAUCUCCACAACCGGCUCAUUGCGGCCAUAUACGGCAAUGUUACGCGGGAAAUGCCCGAUCAGGGCCUUGCGCCCUGGGUCAGCGCCAACGACAAGCCGUCGACGACUCCCGGGAGCAAACCCGUGUCCGGAGAUGCUGCCGAGCGGAGGUUAAAGGGGGAGGUCAUGCAACUCCCGGCACGUGACCGGAGGCGAAUCAAGGAUCUUGUACACAACGAUUUUGACCCAUACGAUUCCCUGGCCAAUGUAUUUACGGACCACGCCCGGAUGCGCCCUGCCAAGACGACCGAGGUGCCUGCCAGCGCGGGAGGGGGCCUCAGCCGAAUGAACUUUGAUCUCGAGAUUAGGAAACGCUACGCGCAGCCACUGGCCGUCGAGUCGGGCGAGUUUCCGGACGUCAGUAACAUCGAGGCCCGGAUGCUGCCCUUUUGCUACGAGGCAGGCCUCGUAUCGGGGCAUGCGCCAGACGCGGCGCAGUUCAUGUCGAUCGCCACCGAGACCUUCAUCAAGGAGGUCAUGUCGUCCAUCUUCAGCCGCACGCGAAGCAACGCGCCGGGCGACUCGGGCAACGCCGGGUUCGGCGCCAGCAACAAUUGGAUACAGACGCACAGGUACCGGAGGCAGCUUGCGAAAGAGGAGGAGGCGUUCCAGCGGGGCGAGGUGGCGCGCGAUAAAACCGGGCUGCUGCCCGUCGAGGCCAAGGCCGCGAGCGAGCGGGGCCCGCUGGGGAUUGCCGAUUUACGGUUGGCAUUGGAGAUGGGCGACUGCGGGCUCGCGAAUUUCCCUAUCAUCACGAGGUCGGUGAUAUACGACUACCGCGAGGGCGAGCUCGAGAACUGGGACGACUACACAUAUGUCGAUGGCCGCCAUAGGAUCACGGAUCUGGACGGAGACGUCGAGAUGGGCGAGGUGAACGGGGCAGCAGCGGCGAAGGACGUUGGGCCGCUUGCAAACGGCGUCAGCCACGGCGACCACAUGGACAUCGACAAUGACAUGUGGUGGGAGGGUGUUGACACGACAGACAGAGACUUUCUUAAUGGGGUUUUGGACUCUUGUCUGGCUGUUGGCUAAUCUGACCGACAGAAGGCCGAGAAAGAGCUGCUUACGAGCAAAUAUUUUUAUCAUUACUUUUCUUUUGCACAAGGAGUUGCAUGGAGUCCGGCGGGGACGGCGUUUACGACAGGGCGGGCGGCGGCGGUGGGUUGCUUUAGGCAUUGCAUCGGCACUCGGUAUUUUCUUGGGCACGACAUGCCCUGUAUAACUGUUUUGGGUGGACUUACAAAAGGAGGCGGCGGACACAUUUGGCGUCGAAACGGGAACAUGGCUUCCUACCUACAGGUGCGCACUUGACACGAGAUGAAAGCUGAGGAUUCUGUGGCUGUCUGCGGGAGACAGGAGACGGCUUUUUGUACUGUAGUUUUUUUUCGAACGAUACCCGGAACAGCCCUCGCGGGGACGGAGGCGGGUGAUGCUCAUUGCUGGCUGCUGUACGUAGUUCAGCAUGAAAUAUAGGAGAAGGUAUGAGCGUGGAGC